AUGACUAGUAAGGAUCAGUCUCUGAGAGCUCCCAGGGGAAAUCCACCGGAGAACCCCAGGCAGGCAGGAGACUUGCAUCCCACUCCUCAAUCACCAAAGAUUCAAGUGGACACAGAUCCAGGGUUCAAGUUGAACAAGCGUAAGAGGGAAAAGGGCGCCAACUUUCAGAAAGGCAUUGCAACCUCCCCACCAGUCAGCGCCAAGAGACCCAACAGGUUGGAGGCCCUAUGGGCAGCAGCGUCCGCGGUGUUGAUACCGCCAGCAGGUAGUUCACCCCAGCAGGGAGGGAUGGCAGAGGAGGCAGAGGAGACUCCGGGGCAUGCUCAGUAUACAGGGAAGCAGCAGGAGGGAGUGUGGAGACCAGCCCCGGAAGACUCAUUCAGACAGGGUUACGGGGACAUCCCGGCGUUGUUUGAUGGUGAGAAGAAGGAUGUUUGGGAAAGUGCCAUUGCAUUGUUCAAAGGAAAGAGGGAGAGUAGCAACAAGGAGACACUGGAGUCGGAGGCUCUGAAUGUGAUUGGGUCUGUCUUUCCGGGGUUGCAGGAGGAGCAGGUGGCUCCCCAUGUUUUAAGCCAGGUGCAGGUGGUUGUGUGCUUACCGGAGGAUUUUGAUUCCUCUGAGUUCUACCAAUACUAUGAGCAGAACCCCAACCGGUUGCAGACGGCGGUCAUCCUCCCCAAGCCCAAAUCCAAACCCAAACCAAAGCAGGUUCCACCCCCCUCCCCACCGGAUACGGAGAUACUCACAGGAAGCCAAGUACCUAUUGCACAGAUGACUGCUGCAGGUGCUAGGAAGCAGGCCCGCAAAUCCAGGUCAGCAACACCCAAACCGCAGGCAGUGGUCACCUCCGUGAGAUAUCCAACCAUCUUCUCCUCUUUUGAGCAGGGAGCAGGACCCUCCGGAGCUGGUGAGGAGGCAGACGUUGAGGAGAUCCCCCAGAUCACCACGGAGAAGCCCCGGUCCAGACCUGCCACCAGAGGAUUGCAGAGGGCCAUGGCCGCUGUUACCACAACAGGUCCCCCCUCCCCCGCUUCCCAGAGACCCCCGCCCCAGACCUGGAACCUCUCCUCACUCCGGACUUUUGUUCUGAACAAACGUCAGGCCCAGCAGCUGGCAGUUGCCCAAGAGUUCAAGAAACUCCGGAGUGACUACCAGCCCCCCCCUCAGCCCAAGCUAAAACUUUCCACGUCCCUCACCGGGUACGCCCUGACAGUCCUUAAAAGGGAUUUCCCGGGACUAGCCACCACUGACACACCGGGACAGCCAUCCCUCCUCAUCUCCCAGGGCAACCCCAUGCGAGACAGCGACGGGAUGACCCAGCAGGUGGCUCGCAGGCUGGCGACUUGGGCAGCGGCCUACCCCCAGGGACAGGACCCCCAGACCAAAAACCCCCUGUACAGCGUGAGCGAACUGGAGCGUAACGACUUUAUCCCCACCCUCUACCUCCGCAAGGAUGGCAAAGGCGCGGUAACCCUCUCCAGAGUUGGGGACCUCCGGACUAAGGAGGACAUGGAGAAGUUCCGCUCCAACCUGGACAAGCUGACCACGGAGAUGGACACCCUUGGGGAAGUUCUCUCUAAGGAGAAACUGAAUGGCCACAAAGCCCCGGUCUUGGACCCCGGACAGAAGGUCUUCCACACCCUCCCCAUCUACUUCUCCCUCGGGCUGCGGAUCUUCCUCCCCCCCGUUCCCACACCGGACGGAAAAUACUUCAAGUUCACUAGGUGGGAGAUUCCUCGACAGCACGCGGUGGACCCCAAAACUCUGACCCCCGGUGACCCGCUGUUCGUCAUUGAUGACAGCAACAACAGGUUUGCCGGCGUCUGGUUCACGGCGUUCUGUGACUUCCCGGAUCUUCCCGACGGGGGUGGACCCUGCCCUGUGGACCUCCUCCACUCCGCCUCUGACAUAGACGCGAUGGCCGCGGCGUUCGCCGUUGACGGAACAAAACCAGUUCCGGCCAACAACACCCGCUUCAUAUUCUACAGAUUUAUGGGGGGGUACCAGGGCGGGGAUUGGACUCCACAGUUUUGCCCCGUAUCGCAGUUCCGGGCGGUGCGCUACCACAUUAUGGAGGCCCGAACCUACGCCAAGAAAGGAGAGGAACGCUACCUCUGCCGCGAGCUCUCUUCCACCGAGUCCCCCGCGGGGAUGGUCUUCACCCCUGGGUUUUACCAGACUCCGCCGGAACAGGGGAAGCCUAAAACCAACAUCCCCCAGAUCAGCAUCUACUCCGAGUACAUCUCCUGGCUCGACCGCCGGCUGGUCCCCUUCCCGGAAGCCGCCGUGACGGAGUUCAACAACCUUACACAUCCCUACCGGUGGUUCGAGGAUUUCAGGCUACCAGAUGACCUCUACCCCUACACUUCCCCGUGCGCGCCAAAGGGCAUCCAGACCUGGGUAGCGGAGCUUUGGGAUCAACAGGGAAACGAAGACGACGUGGUCUGCAUCUAUGGCAAGACGGAGCUCCCCGUAUUCCCAAGCCUGGCAGAGGAGCGCCAGGAGACCCUCAGAACGCAGCAGCAGGAGGCCGCCAGGGAGACCCCCGGGUCGAAGCGGAAGGCGGAAGGGCCAGCAGAAGAAGUGGCGAGGAGAGGGAAGAAACGAGGCCCGACGCGGAGCCCGGCGCCGGGGCCAGCGACGAGGCUGUCUGCUCUGGUUGUUUUCGCCAGAAACCUCAUCGCCGGAGGUCCGGACAGAUUUGACGAGAACAUUACCCUCAACCCCCUCGACGCGACGGAGUCGCCUCUCUUCGAGUUGUUCCUGCAGAUCGCCACGGCAGUCGCCCCCCUCUCUCGAGAUGCCGCCAACAUCUUUGUCAGGCUGGCAAACGGCGUCCUCAAAAGACAGGACCUGGCGGAGGUUCUCCGUUUCUGGAGGAACUCUGAAAACAAACCCAGCGACUGUGAUAAGCGGGACAAGGAGCGCGACGACGCCGAGCGGGAAGAAGAAGAGGAGGAACAUGAGGAAGGAGGCGGGGACAAGGGAGCGCCGGAGUAUGAGGAAGAAGGCGGUGUGCCGGGGGGGAAAGGAGGAAGCCCGGGUGCGAGAGAGGGGACUCCGGAAGGCGGAGACGAGCAGGGCGGUGAAGAAGGCGGAGAACAGGGGGGCUCCGACAAGCCCCGAGAUAAGUCCCCAACUGCCGGCCUGGGCGAAGUUCAGCAGACAGCGGCGCUGGACCCCGGACACCUCACAUGGCGAUUUAGCGGCGCGCAACCGCGCAACUUGCACGGGUUCAGGUCUCCUUCCCCCCGGCGCGGGGUCUCGCAGUCCUCAUCCGAGGAGCGGACACGACGGGGACGCUCCGCGAGUCGUUCCGUUUCCAGCGGACGCUCCAGCUCGCCGUCCGGAACGCCCCCCGGACGCGCGGUAAGGUAUCGCUCUGUCUCCCCAGUACUUACGCGCCCAGCUCGUACAGAGACUUUCCCCCCAGCCGUUUAUCGGUUCGACCCCGACGUGUUCGAACCAGAGGGGUCAGAGCAGGUGUGUUACUCGACGGAUGAGCCGGACGACUUCGCGGACCUGGGGGAGGGAGAGGAGGAGAGCCCCACGGAGACCGACCCCGACGCGCCCAAACCGGGGCCGCCCUCCGCAUCCAAGGGGGAUGGCAAGUUCCCGUCGCCAGAAGGGCGCCCGAAAGGCGGGGUUACAAACGGAGCCAAACCCCCAGUGCGGAGCAGACUAAUCCCCCAGAAGAGACCAGUCCAGGAGAGACUGUCCGGGCCUUCCGGCGGCGAAAAGACCCCGCUGAAACACCGUCUGGGCCCGUCCCUCACGACCAUCCCCGUUCGUGAGCGACUUGGCCCCGUCAGAAACGACGCCCUCAGUCACAGCCCCAAGACGGAGCCCCAAAACCCCAACGGGGUGAAAAAACCGUUUAGGCCCCAGACCCCUUUCCCGAGAGAAGAACGACGAGGAAUCACCGUGGUCGAGGCAAUCAAGACAGUGAACCAGCUCCGCGAACAGGUUAAAACGGCGGAGCGAACGAAGGAAGCGCUUGAACUCGCAGUACAGGCACUCCGCGGGGCAGAUGCAGCGGCGGGGGAACAGAGCGACUGCGCGGCGCUGGCCCAAAAGGAAAUGGAGAUUUCUAACCUACGCAUGCAGAUUGCCGUGGCGGAGCACACCAAGAUGGCCGUGGCUAGACGGGAGACGGAGAAAAUCCACGAAGAAGUGGCGGAGUUUAUGAAGGGGAAUCCCAAGCGAAUGAAGAAGCUGGCAGGCUUCUCCCCGGAGCGUGAACACUCCGGGCGUGGUGAGGCAUCACGGCGGUUGGGACCCCCGCCACCCAAGCAUUUCACCGAUUCGGGCCGCACCAGGACAAGGGAGAGGUCUCCUGCCUCUUCCGUCAUCACGACCGCGGCGGAGCGCCCCACCACGGGGGCGCUGCGACUGCGCAACAUGAUUGGCGCUACCCAGGCUCGUCUUCAGACAGGCUGGGACGUUGCGCCCUAG